AAUUCGGAGUCUUCUUCCACCGCUGCGAAGAGAUCUCUCCUUCAUUUUCCCGGAAAAUCUGGCAGAAGUGGGAAAAUUUCCAUCGAAGCUGAGAGAAAGCAUUCACCCUUCUAGUCCACGAGUUUUUCACCAUCUCUUCUCAAUCUCUCCUUGCCUCUUCGUCCGCUUCUUCCUCGCUUCCCGUUUUCUGCAUUUCCUCAGCCGUUAGAUUUUUCCGGAUUCCGAUGAUUCUGAUCAGAUCUAGAGUAGAAUCCGUUUGAUUUCCCCAGAGAAAUGCUGAUGGAUCGAGAGAGACGGUACUCUGGCCUCAACGGAACUCACGAUAAUAUCUACGGAAAAUUCCGCGACGGAAUCGCAUAUCGAUCGGAUGGUUUCCGCGAGAGUAGUCCUUCGAGGUCAUCUGCUUCGAAAAGCUCGUGGAUCCCCUCGCCUUCGACUCCUCCUCCGUCGACCUCUUCUCCGCCGUUGCCUUCCUCCUCCACUCCUGGUGCUGGCUACAUCGAACAUCGGGUCUCCAAGUUCGAUACCCUCGCCGGCAUUGCUAUUAAGUACGGUGUUGAGGUGGCAGACAUAAAAAAGAUGAAUGGACUUGUGACCGAUCUUCAGAUGUUCGCUCUCAAGACUCUCCAGAUUCCAUUACCUGGGAGGCAUCCUCCCUCUCCUUGUUUGUCCAAUUGCUCUUCAAAUCCUGGGGAAGGGAGUUCUGAGGAGGCUUCACCAUGCCACGGACAGACAUCAUCGCAUGGUGAUAACCAAGACUUAUUCGAUUCCUUCCAGUCUUUGAGAUUGAAAUCUUCGGAAAGGAAGGACAGGAAGGUUUCCGCAGCCAUGAAUUCAUUGCAUGGAUAUUACGGGCUGAAACAUAGCAGUAGAACAGUUUCCGAAGGUCUCGAGAUGGGGGUCUACAAGAAAGAAGACUUUCCUCAUCCGGAAGACGAUCCGUAUCUUAGAGCAUCCCCUACUACCACAAACCCUCCUUUAAACCACCACAAGAAGUCAAGAAGCCUGGUGAAUGCAAUCCUGGCAGAGGUUGGCGAAUCAGAGGAAGGACAAACCGGUUCUGAUAAACAGAACGAGAAGGUGAUGAGAAGACGUCAAAAAUCCGAGGCCGACUUUAAUUCGGGAACCCCAGAAAUGAUGUUGAAGGAGGAAAGCAGCAGCAGUAGUGGUGGGUUCUCAGCAAUAGCCGGGAAAGGUUUAGCCUUGAGAUCGAAAGGGUCGAACAGAAACAGUCUAUGGACAGAACCCGAGACAGGGAGCGUGAUAAACAUGAUGUUGGAAGCAGCGGACAGUUUUUCGGGUGUGAGGAAGUCGACGAGUGUAUCGAGCCUACAAGAACAGGAAGGGAACGGAAACAGCACGAGGUCGUCUUCGAUACUGUGGACAAGCGGAAAGUGGAGCCUGAAGAAUGAUCUGCUAACGCCGGCGGCUAUAACGAGCUCUAUCUUUGAUGGGUUACCGAAGCCAUUAACAGGACGGAGAAACAAAGCCGCUCUCGACUAAGACUUGGUGCUUUUUUAUGUCCGUUUUUAUUUUGCUGAUAGGUAACGUUGGAGUAAAUAGAAAGGUAAAGAGAGAUUAGCAAAAGAGGUAACCAAAGGGAGCCCCCCAAACAAGUGGGACACAAAGGUAUUGCGAUAGGAUGAAUGAAGUAUCAUUAUGUACGUUUUUUUUUAUUAAAGAUGUUCUUAAAAUGUACAUAAGACGAUAUAUUUUGUCGACCUAAAUACUUUUUAUAAUUUUUUUAUUAUUAUA